UUCAACACACUUACUCAACAGAGAUUUACCGAGCACCUUGUAUGUAACAGGUACCUGUUGACUGCUGGGCAACACUGACAGGAUUUCUGCUUUCAUGGGGUUUUUAAUCAGGGGUCAACGUGAGAGGCACUGUCAAAUAUGCAUAAAACGCAGAGCUGCAGACUUGGAAAGAAAGGCUGUGCAAUAGUGUUUGGGGGCAGGGGUGGGUAUGAAGCCCUUCCUGAAAAAAAUGGGACUGAAAGAGGAGCGGUAACUAAUCACAGGAAGAGGGAAGAGGAGCGUUGAAGCGGCAUGAAGAGGGGCACAGCCUGAACAAAGACCUGAGAAUCUGUUACCUGGCAAAACUGCAAAGUCGCCCAAAAUGCUGGAGCAACCAAAAGCUGUGCAAGAUGAGGGUGGAGGAAUACUUAGGAGCCGUGCCACACAGCAGUCUUACAGGAUGGUUUCAGUAUUUCGAUUUUUAUCCUAAGACGUGGUCUACGAUGAGAUGAUCUCUUGGCUAUCUGAUUGGCAGAUAUCUUUUUGCUUGUGUUUUUCCUCCAGCAAGAAUACUUUUUGUUUGUUUGUUUUGGGGUUUUUUGUUUGUUUGUUUUUGUUUUUUUGGAUGCAUUUAAGCGCGGCGUGCAUUCUUGGAUUAGUCAGAGGCCGCCUUUCCUUGUUGACCUCACAUACGUGCACACUUUUUUGACCCCUGGGGAAGAGGAGUUUGCAACCUUUUCUCGAGGAUUAUUAGAUUUUGUACUAAAAGCACCAUGGAGGUGACUGCAGAGAGCAAUCUUGUCUGCCCGGCAUACGGACAGGAUCUACGCAGGAGCAGUUGGCUCUGGGGCGGGCGGGGGAAGGGGAGGAGCGCGGCGCCUCAGCGACCCACUGCGCAGGACCGCUCCUGGUUGCCAAGGCAGCGGGAAGGACUCGCCCGGAAGAGUUUCCCCACGGACCUGCCGGCUCCAAAACCCAUCCCGGAGGGGCUCGGGACUGACUAGUUCCUGAGGCCGUGUUGAUCACAGCAAAGCAGGUGAAGAGCAGAGCCUGAUGCAGUGUGAUGGCCAUCCGCCUAGAAGCCCGAGGAUUCGGAGAAGCAGGGGGAAUUGACCCAUACAGACAUCAGGACAAUGGGCGACCUUUCUAAGGAGACCUUGGAGUCCUUUACUGAUGAGGUACGGAGUUCCGGUUCAUUCAGUUCCUCUGGAAGACUGCAGCCCUGGUCCUGUGCCUCCGGGAGCGAAUCUGAGAGUGGCAGGCUGACUGCACGCUCGGAGUAUGGAGAUAACCAAUCAGAGCUUUCAGACUUCAAAAAUAAUGAAAAGAGGUUGAGCAGAAGAUGGAUCAACAACCUCAAGGGCAAGGACGCGCACUCUGGACAGUACCAACCAGACACUAAACUUCAAACAGAAAUCACUCAGGCAUCCCUUGAAGAAUGGAAUGCCCUGCAGUCUUUCUGCACCGUUAAGAUAAACCUGAUCCAUCACAGAGCAAACUCUAAGGGGAAAAAGAGCAGCAGACAUAAAAAGCUACAGCUUGAAUCGGAUGCAGAGGCUCCAGAGGUAGAUGCCUUAAACUGUACUGUCCCUGAUGAGCUUUUGAACAGAAUCUAUUUUAAAAACAUGAGGACAACACCCAAACAGGUGGCAACAACUAAGCAACACAUUUCUUCUCAGUGUCCCAGCUGUAACAGAAAAAGAGCAGAACUGGCCCAAUCUGCCUUCCUGAAACAGAAGAAGACUUUACUGGAGUCACUUCUACUCCAAGAGAAAAUAGAUGAAUAUCUUCAUACCAAAGACUUUCUUACCCUUAUCGGAGAAGCACAUCAGAGCCUUCCCAGGCUUUCAGAUGACCCCAGAAUAAUCUGGGAAAGAUUGAAGGAGAAAAGUCAUAUUGGAUACUCUGGUUUUGAAAGGUCAGGUACAAAGCAGAAGAUGUAGCAGAAUGGAAAUAGUGCUUGUCAUUCACCUUUUUGUCUACCAAUUCUCAAACCUCUUACUCUUAACAGGAUGGUGUUUAUUAAUGAUAAUGUGUAACGUGGAUAAAUGUUUCUCUUGUGUAUUUGAAUAAUUACCAUCAUUUCUGUAAUGGGGGCGGAGUGGGCGUGCAGCCUGUUAGCGCUAGAUGGUUGGUGCCACUGUUAUCGCGAGACUGAGCGCAGUCCGAGGUCCCACUAUGCUGGCAGUCAGCUUGCAGUGGUCCUCGUGGCAGAGAGUGUGGUGAGAGGCAGUCGCGGGGCCGGGGACAGGCUGAGGGCUGUGUCCUGCAGAGCCCCAGAACCCUGGCCAUAGCCGCCUGCUGGCCGGGCCCAGGCCUUGAAGCAGCAGCGAACCUCCAUUCCCUCUGUGACCUAAGGGCGGCGGGCGGUCUUCAUGGGCCGCAGUCCCUGGAGGCCUCAGCAGCUGGAGUAUAUGGACACUGCUAUUAAGGUAACAGCUUCAACCAGCUUCAGUGUCUCCGUUCAAGUUUCAAAAUUGGUCCAGUUGUCUACCCUUAGGAGGCGGUCAGAGGUCAGGGUUAAGUUGCAAGGACAUUGCACAUCAAUUAUUUCAGGUCCACCUCUGUGGUUGGGGCGGUUCUCAAAGAAGGACAAUUGUUGUGAGCUGGGAAUUAACCUGAUUGGUAUUUGCUGCGGCACAUAUUUGUACUGAUCCUAUUCAAAUGGUUCUCUCCAAGUUAAAUGAAAAGCUAGAGGGCCGGCUGGGUCCUGGGCGCCUGGCUCCCUCAGUGAUGUUGGCUGGGCAGGGUCUGGGGACCUGGCCUUGAGAGCGCCGCCAGCUGAGAUCUGCCUCCUCACCUGGGCCUGGGCACUGGCAGGAGGACCCACCUGGGUGCUGACAAACACUCCCAGGCAGGGUAACUGGCUCGAGCAGGGACUGCCCCCCCCUCCCCCCCGCCGCUUUACGCCAGGGCCUGGACCUCGGGGGGCAAAAGUUGUGCUUCGGGGUCUUGCCCUUUCUUGUCAGAUCAGAGAAUAACAAUUUGUUUUGGUGGAGGUUUAUAGGAACGUGGUGACCUGGCCUCAAGAAAAAAGGAUCGGACACCAAGAAGUUUGUAACAACUAACCAUGCCCCUCCCUCACCUUUCUUAUAAAAGGGCUCUGGUGAAAGCUUUCUGGGUGUUAGGGGGUUUUAAGGCAUGAGCCACCUGUCUCCUUGCAUAGCCCUGUAAUAAACCUUUCUCCGCUCCAAACUCUGGUGUUUUGAUAUUGUUUGGCCUCAUUGUGUGGCGGGCAUGCAGACUUGCGUUUGAUAAUAUUUCUGUAGGCAUGUUGGAAACUUAAGAGUUUACUGUGCUUCCUUCACAAAGUUGAGGACUAAAGACUUUCCACCCAGUAUUUUUUUCAGAUUAUGGAGGGCAACAUUUUAUAGUUGGAAUAGUUAUAAAGUUUGUAUAACAAUCCAGGAGAGAGCUGCUGGCAGUUUGGACCAGGGUUUUGACAGUACAGACAGAAAGAAAUAGAGAUGUAAGAAAUACUUAGGAGGUAAUAAUUGACAUUCUUUGGGUGUGUUAUGGGUGUUUAAUAAAAGAUAAAUGUUAAGAAUUUGGAUGAAUGAUAAUUUCAUUAAGAUAGGAACAUUGGAAGAGGAUGAUGUUUGAUGAAGAGGGCGAUUAUUUGGAUAUGGUUAGUUUGAGGAAUAUUUGAGACAUUUAUAUUGAGAGGUUGAGAAACAUUUGGCUAUUUGUGCUUGUAAUCUGGAGAAAAGGUCUUAGCCUAGAGAUUUGAAGUAAAGGGUCAAGGGGUUGGGGACCACUGGCAUAUACUGUAGUUGGAAGUAGAAGUCAUGGAUAUGGUGAGCUCUUCUAGAAGAAAGUAGAAUGAGAAGAGAAGAAGGGCUAUGACCGACUCCUGAGAAGUUCAGUUGAUGGCUGUGUAGAGGAGAAUAAGCCAGCAAAGGAGGUUGAGAAGAAGUCAUCAUAGAAGAAUAAAGGAAACCAGGAAAGUGUAUUAUCAGAGAGACCAAAGAGAACAUUUCAAGAGGAUGGUUUAUCUAAGCAUGCCAUUGCAAUGGAGUUCACAGGAAAUGAUUUAGUCAUGUGCUGGCCUCUUUGCCUUAACAACCACCACUUCAGUCAUAAUACUUGGGCUGACUGACAAAGCAGAUUGAGGAAUAAAUGUAAGCUAAGGAAGUGAGGAAUAUAGGUGUAGACUUCUUGAAGUUUAGCUGUAGAGGGAAAGUGGGGGAGGUAAUUUUUCUAUAUGUCUAACACUUAAGCUAUCACAGUCAACAUAGCCUUUGUAUCAUAUGUCAAUAUUACUCUUUGUCUUUAGACCUUCAUUUAUGUAUAAAGAUACUCUUUUUUUGCCUAUAAAAUUUUGUGUAUUUUCUCUUAGUCAUUCCUAAAUAA